UUUAGGAUAAAUAUGUGCAUUGACAGGGACAAUAAUGGUGGAUAGGAAGAAGUGGACUUAAUUUCAUUCUCAUCCUUUUAUUGCACAAAAGAUAAUUUACAUCCAUAUAUCCAUGAUUUGAAAGACACAUUAUAAUUCAUAUCUAUUUUAAAUAUUAUACCAGAAAAGGUGAUUGAAAAUGGGAGAAAGUAUAGAAAAUAAAGUGAUAACAAUAAAGCAUGAAAUAGAUGAAACACCCAAGGAAGAUGAUUUCCAAAUCAUUACUAAAACAAUUAACACAAAUUUCAUAAAGCCAGGUUCAAACCAAGUUCUUAUCAAGUGUCUCCAGAUUUCUAUCGAUCCUUAUCAACUUAAUCGCAUGAAGAAAUGGAGCCCUGGUCAUAAUUCAAUUAUGGCUGCAUCCAAAUUGGUCCCUUGCCAGGAAAUUGAUAGUCAUGGAGUAGGGAAAGUUGUGGCAUCAGGACAUCCUCAAUUUCAAAAGGACGAUUUAGUAAAGGGACGUCUGAGUUGGGCACAAUAUGUGGUGGUGGAGGAUGUCAAUUUGAACUUGUUGGUUAAAUUUGAUCCAACACCAUUUCCUUUAUCAUAUCAUCUUGGAGUUCUAGGGACUAGUGGGCUCACAGCAUAUUCCGGGCUUUUUAGACUGGGUCAGCCCAAGAAAGGGGAGAGGAUUCUAGUAUCUAGUGCUUCAGGAUCAGUGGGCCAUUUAGUUGGACAAUACGCCAAGUUAUUUGGUUGUUAUGUUGUUGGAUGCGCAGGAACUACCGAAAAGGUUAUCUUAUUGAAGGAAAAACUAGGAUUUGACGAAGCAUUCAAUUAUAGAGAAGAAAGUAACCUGAAGUCUACUCUUAAAAGAUACUUCCCAGAAGGAAUAGACAUAUAUUUUGACAACGUAGGAGGAGAAAUGCUAGAAGCAGCAGUUGCAAACAUGAACACUUUUGGUAGAGUGCUUGUUUGCGGAGUAAUAUCUGAGUACACUAAUCCAACAAACACUGCUGCUCCGAACAUGCUCGACGUGAUUUAUAAGCGAAUCACCAUCCGAGGAUUCUUGGUUGCUGAUCACAGGGAUGACAGUAAUCUGCUCGAUUUUGUAUCGACAACAUCAAACUACCUUCAUGCAGGGAAAUUACAAGUGCUUGAAAAUAUUUGUUAUGGUUUAGAAAGCAUUCCGUCAGCUUUUGUUGGUAUGUUUCAUGGCCGUAACAUUGGCAAGACUAUUGUUAAACUAGCGGAUCAUUAAUUAACAUCAUUUCAGGGACCAGCCAAUAAGCCUACAAAUCAACAAUCUGCGGCCUAUUACCUGUUUCUAGCUAGGAUAAUAAUUGUACCUUAAGUCUUUGUUUGUCCGUGGUGUAGCCGACUGCCGAGUAUAAUCAAUAUUUUAACAUUUUUAUUUAAAAUAAUAUUUACUUUUAUUAAAUAUUAAUAAUUUUCUCAGUAUAAAACUACCCUCUCCGACUCAUAGAAGAGGAGAUAUUUACUUUUUUUAUACUAUUCACUUAUUACUCUUAAUUUGUAUUUUAGUAUUAAUUUAUAAUAAAAUAUAGUAAAGUGAGAUCUGGUUGGAUUCGUCUCA